AUGGUGGGGGAGGACGAGCAGGCAAAUGCAAGAGGCAAGCUCGUCGAGGAGCCAGAUACCCAGGCGGAGGACGUCUCGGACGGCAUUUCGAUAAUUAGCGACUGCGAAAGCACCGGACGCAUUUCCCCACAUCCAUUUUUGCGUGAACAUCUGAACGAACUUAAUUUCAAAUACGAUUCCGGACACGAACUGCCACUAUUGGGCAAUCUACCGGAGGACAUCGCCGUACAGCAGAUCCAUGAGCGGCGACGCGUCCAGUUAGAAUUGGAUGAUGCCCUACGUACUCAAACGGCGUCACCUGUUGUGCGUCCGCAAAGCGAGUUGAGCCAGCCAACCCAAAGGUUGGGCUACCGCCUGCCAACGCUGGUGGAGAGCGGCCUGACCGCUGUAUUCUAUGUGGGCGCCACACUGGCUAUACUGGCGUUUAUUAGCCGCCUGCGUAAUCCCGAGUGGCAGGCGCUCGGCGGUGACAAGCCCAUUGCAGAGCUGGAGCAGCGUCUGGUUGAGCUGGAGCUGCAGAAUAAUUUGAUGCGGGCCGAGAUUGACAUCAUGUCCAAGCAGUUGCAGUACCUUAGCUCCUUGGCUGGCAGCGGUCAGGGUCAAGCGCAGGCGCAAUCGCAAUCGCAGGGCCGACGGGCAAAAACGUUCAAGGCCUGGCCUGGCAAUGGCAACUCCGUGGAUCCGGUUGAUAUAACCAAAGCGGAUCUGAAGCGCCCGUACAAGUGUCCAGAUGGCCAAUAUGUGGAAAUCGCUGCCAUGUGCAUGGAAAACAAGCCGCAUGCCGAAUCUCUAGCUGACGAGAUUGGUAAUGUGGUCAACGAUGUGCUGCAGCAAUCGCAAGCUUUUCACAACUUUGAAAAGGUCACCGAGCGGCUAGGCACACUCGCUGGGCAGAAGGAUGCACCCAGUGACAGUCCAAAAACCUAUCAUGCACAUGGCGAAAAGAUGCGACCACCACCGUUAGAUAACAACAGUCGCGGACCCGUGCCCGUGCACGUGCCCCAACCAACAUAUGAUACCUCCAAGGAGCGUUACACAACGAAACAUAAUCACAAGCGUCGGGAACACUCGAGGGAGCGUAACCGAUAUAAGAGCAGCGAGCACGAUUCGAAGGAGCGACACAACAGAAAGCACGCUGACAAGUCCAAGGAGGAGCGCGGCAAGAAGCGCCAUGGGGGGCAUGACAAUGAUAGUGGCAGCGGCAGCGGCAGCGGCGAGUGGCACGAACGCAUGAUGCAACAUCGAGAGCAAUCGCGCCAGAGGCACGAACAGAAGCGCAACAAUAACUGGUAUAUUGAGCGGGGCGGCAGUCGGGAGCAGAUACGUUCCGGCGAGACCAGACGACGCUAA